CUUGACGCUCAACCAGCGCCCGGUCGCCCCUAUGACCUCGCCGCAGUCAACUCAGUGCCGAGAAGUACAAGAUAAUCGCGCAGUGCUUACCUCCCAGCAUCGAACGUCCGUUCAAAGGCUCACUCGGUCCUUUUACGGCCCAUCCUCCGAAGUGCGGUGCUCACACAUCCAAGCUAUGCAUGAAAGCAGUGACGAACCGCAGGACAUCACGCCCCAACACUACGAAACGAGCACGUAAUGAUUCACGCAGCUCCGCGUAUCGUCCUCUUCGCGGGACUUCCAGCCGCAGGUCUCCUCACCCACAAAUCCAUGGCACGGUGUCACCAGCGCCAAAAUCACGCAUCAAGCCGUCAUACUGCUCCUCAUUAGACGGCGCUUCGACAAUUGCUGACUCUGCACAUUGUGUAUGCGAACUGAGGGGAAGGACGCAGCAUAAUCACGCCAUCUUGAUAGGGGUAAAAAUGCCGCAUCGCGGCUGUGUUGAUGCAGUUGAGGGAAAUGUCCUAGCACGGCAGAUGCUCUAGACAAAGAUCGUGUCUUGGGAACGUAGAGGUUUGUAGGUAAGACGAGAGUCUGACUCCGGUGGGUACUGUCGCCGGGGUGUUGUUGUUCUUGUUGAGCGGUAUGGGGGUGUGGGAAGGACGUGUGUG